AUGGAUCGGUCAAACCUCCCGCCAGACGAGCACCUCCCCGAGGUCGUGCCCGACCAGUCCCCGCAAGCCCUCCCCAAAGAAGCCGCGCCACAGUACGAAGCGCACCUGGGCGAGAAGGACCCCAAAUACCCCGUCCUCCCCGAAGACGUGCCCAAGCAGGCCAUCGAUCCGUACGGCAGCCCCGAGACGGUGGGCGCCGUGCCCGUGAGCCCCCACGGAACCCCGGCGAGCCCCAUCAAGGAGGAGAAGAGGAUCUUGGGCCUCAAGAGAAAGACUUUCAUCAUCUUCAUCGUCGCUCUCGUCGUUCUCGCCGCCGCGCUGGGCGGCGGUCUCGGCGGAGGGCUGGCGAAAAAGUCAAAGGGUUCCAACACCGCCGGACAAGACGGGGAAGAGAGCCAGGAUGAACCCACGCCGACCGAGUCCGAAACCACCUCGUCCUCCUCCACCACCACGAGCGCCACCCCCACCGCCACCUUCCUCAACAACGGCACCGCGCGCACCAGCGGCUUCGCCUUCCAGGCCUACUCCGAGCUCAACUACGGCGGCGACGCGACCGACAUCUACAUCGACGAGGGCUUCUUCGACUUUGGCUUCGAGGCCUGGAGCUACGUCUGGCUUCCCGGCGAUCGCAACUGCUGCAUCACCUUUUGCGAGGACAAGAAAAACGGUACCGGCUACUUUUGCCAAGAGAGGUUCCGCAAGGAGGCGAGCGACUCGUUCCCUCGUCUCGCUAUUUACUGCGGAGACAAUAUAAGAAAGAUCAUGCCCUGCUCUUGA